AUGGAAAAUGAUGAUAUAUAUAGCGAUAAAUUUGAAAAAGCAUUUGACCUAUUAAGUAAGCUUGGUAAAGGUGGUUAUGGAGAAGUGUAUAGGGUCCAACAGACUGAAAUGAAAAAUGUAUUAGAUGAAACUAGAAAACUAAUAAAACUUCGUUCAAAAUUCGUUAUUCAAUACUACUAUUCAUGGAUUGAAUGCAAUUAUCUUUACAUUCAAAUGGAGUUAUGUGUCGAUAAUCUCAGCAAUCUUUUGCAUACAAAAAAAUCCCUAUUUAAUGAAUUAAUGAUCAAUUCGCAAUUUUAUAUAUUGUAUGAAAUAUUUCGUGAGCUCACAGAAUGUGUGCAAUAUUUGCAUCAAAAUAAGAUCAUUCACAGAGACCUUAAACCGGAUAAUGUGUUGAUUUCAAUGGACGGACGCAUAAAGUUAUGUGACUUUGGUUUGUCUAAAGAAGUCUUAAAUUGUGACCCGUUUCGUAUGUCUAAAGUGAAACAUACGGCAGAUGUGGGAACUGAUGACUAUAUGGCACCGGAAGUCCAGACUAAUGAAUACAACCAUUUGAUUGAUAUCUACAGUCUUUCCCUAAUUGGGGCUCAAAUUUUUGGCUUCAAUACAUACGAUAUUAUUGACGGAAAAAACAAGGAUAAUUAA